AUGGCUGCUUCGUCCAUCUCUUCUUCCUCUUCUUCUUCAUGUCAGCUUGAUGAUGGUCUGAAAGAUAAUACUCACAAGUUCCUUUCUUUAGCCUCACUUCCUCUUCCGUCUAACAGCCAAAACAACUGGAUUGCCUCUGAAUCCAGAACCAAUCUCUCUCUUAAAGCAUCAGGUCAUCCGUGUUUGAAAUGGAGGACUGGAGUUUCUCUCUUUCAAUCAUUUCUGACCAAAGAAGAUAACGUUGAGAGCCUCAAACAGGAGCUUCUUGAUGCCAUUUCUCCCCUUGAUCGUGGUGCUGAGGCCACCCCACAAGACCAAGAACUCGUUGAUCAGAUUGCUCGAAAGUUGGAAGCAGUAAACAAAGUGAAGGAGCCACUCAAAUCCAGUUUAUUGAAUGGUAAAUGGGAGCUACUUUACACAACUUCCGAUUCAAUUCUACAAACCAAGAGGCCUAAAAUACUAAGGCCUAAUGGGAAAAUCUACCAGGCAAUCAAUGGGGACACAUUGCGGGCUCAAAAUAUGGAAACUUGGCCUUUCUUCAAUCAGGCCACGGCCAAUUUAGUUCCCCUGAAUGCGACAAGGGUAGCUGUUAAAUUUGAUUCUUUCAAGAUUGCUGGAGUGAUACCCAUAAUGGCUCGGGGAAGUGGUCGCGGACAAUUGGAAAUAACAUAUUUGGAUGAAGAAUUAAGGAUAUCCAGGGGGAAUCUAGGAAACUUAUUCAUUCUGAAAAUGGCGGAUCCCUCUUACAGAGUCCCUCUUUGA